AUGGAUAGGGUGAGACCAGUGUAUGUGAGGCAGAAGAGCCACACUGGUUCGCCAACAGCAGCUAUGAAUUCUCCAAUGGGGUCUCCUAUGCACCGCCAUGUGCGUUCGGGGUCGGGCGGCAGCAUGGGCAACACGAAGAAGCCUCAGAACACGGCCGCAAAAGCCGCGGCCCAAAGGCUUGCUCGGGUCAUGGCACAUCAAAUGGCUGAUGAUGAUGAUGAAGAGGACGAACUUUCGUAUGAUUACAAGCCAGCUAAUACUGGCAUUGGGCUCGCAGCUGGAAGGGCGGCUGCUAGACCUCGUUCUCCAAUGACAGUCCGAACCUCCCUUGAUCAACCUUCAUCAGCACGCUCAGCAACAGGUGGCCGAGCAUCUUUACAUGUCAACACCAAGGAACAACCACCUCCACCAGUUCCCUCAGCCUCAGUAGAGCGGUCAUCUCAGCCCAAUUUCGUAGAACAAUCUCCAUCUGCUCGUUCUGCAAUAGCUGGUCGAUCAUCUCAAUCCAACAACUCCACGGAACAAGUACAGCCUCUAUCAGGUAUUUCUUCAAUAGCUGGCCGAUCCUAUCAAUCCAACAACUCCAUGGAACAAGUACAACCUCCGUCUGGUCUUUCUUCAAUAGCUGGCCGAUCAUAUCAAUCCAACAACUCUGUGGAACAAGUAGUACAACCUCCAUCUGCUCGUUCUGCAAUAGCUGGCCGGUCAUAUCAAUCCAGCAACUAUGUGGAACAAGCACAACCUCUAUCUGCUUGGUCAAAUUCAGCUGCUCGAUCAUCUCCAGCUGCCAACUUGACGGAACAACCUCUUUCUGCUCGUUCUACCUCAGCUGGUCGCCCAAAUUUAGGAGUCAAGACCGUUCCCAUGGUACCCUCUAGCAUACCUAUAUCACUCAGGCCAACUGCUUCUGCUGCUCCAGCAGAGGUUCCCGUUGAUAAUCGUAGAGAUAAAAGGUUGUCAGAUAUGAAAAGUAUGAAACUAAGAGAUUCUAGUCCUCAGAAUUCUACUUCUGCUCUACAGGAUGAGCUUGAUAUGGUACAAGAAGAAAAUGAAAGUUUACUUGAAAAGAUACGACUUACAGAAGAGAGGUGCGAGGAAACAGAGGCAAGAGCUAGGCAGCUUGAGAAACAGGUGGCUAGUCUUGGGGAAGGUGUAUCUUUAGAAGCCCGUCUUUUGAGCAGGAAGGAGGCAGCCCUGCAUCAAAGAGAGGCUGCUUUGAGGGUUGCAGCACAAACUUAUGGUGGUAGAGGUGAAGAGAUCCAAGCCCUUCGGACAGAAGCUGAGUCUGCUAGGGAUGAAGCGACAAAUGCUUUGGAGCAGCUCCAUGAUGCUGAGAGUGAAAUUAAAUUGCUUCGGGCAAUGACUCAAAGAAUGAUACUGACUCAAGAUGAGAUGGAGGAGGUUGUUCUUAAAAGGUGUUGGCUUGCUCGAUAUUGGAGUUUAUGUGUUCACUAUGGUAUCCAUGCAGAGAUAGCUGAAGCGAGAAAUAAGUAUUGGUCAUCCUUUGCUCUUGAUCCUGUUGAAAUUGUAUUAGCUGCUGGACAUAGAGCAAAACACAACAAUCCAUCAGUAAAUAAUGAUGAAGAGGAAAGGGAACAAGUUCCAAGAGACUUGGAUGAAAUUUCUGGGGAGGGAAAUAUUGAAAGCAUGCUUUUAGUGGAAAGAGGUCUUAGGGAACUGGUGUCACUAAAGGUAGAGGAUGCAGUAGCACUUGAAAUGGCUCAAAGUCGUCGCCCAAGUUCAGUGAAAUCUGAUGACUUGAAGCUACCAAUUGACGGACAGAACUUUCUUGAUGCAUUUGAGUUGAGCCAAGAGGAGUAUGAAGAUGUGCGUUUUAAGCAGGCUUGGCUUACAUACUUUUGGAGAAGAACAAAAAAUCGUGGGCUGGAAUCAGACAUUGCAGAGGAGCGUUUGCAAUACUGGAUCAACCACAGCUCUCGGCCACCCAACUCACAUGAUGCAGUUGAUGUUGAGCGCGGCCUCUCUGAGCUCCGGAAGUUGGGGAUUGAAACACAGUUGUGGGAAGAAUCUCGCAAGUUCAUUGAUUUAGGGUCCAACAACAUAACGCAGCUUGCCUCAGACUUCUGAGAUUCGGUUGAGCUUUUACUUAUUUGUGCAUGUUUUCACAAGCAUUGUUCAAGAAUUUCGUCUCUCUGUAACAUUUGUCGGAUGAGUUCCUUUGUGAAGCUGCUUUCCAUGAGUUACGUUUAUUUAUAUAUUGGAUAUUUAUUCAUUAUUUAUUCAUUUUUUAAUUGAAUUUUAUGUAUUGAGUUAUCUUGUGCAAAUGAUCAAAGUGGAAUGUAUAUAUUUUUUUA